GUCACCAGGGUGUUGGUCUCUCUCUCGCUCCCCCAAAUUCCCCAUUCUAUUCGCGUCGGGAGAUAACGAUGAGCAGGGGCGCCGCGAUUUCGCCGCUGUUUCACGCCGGAUUCGCGGCGGGUAGCCGUUGCGUGAGGCCGACCCGCAUGAGGCCAACCACUCGCGGGCACUACCGGUGAGUCCCCAGCCCGCCCGUCCUCGCCGGCCCUCCGCAUCUCGCCCCUAAAAUUUCGCCAUGAGAUUCCUAGCUGGUCGUCGUCGAGGCAUUUGCUGCUGCCAUGCCGGCAGGUGCUGGCUUGGGUGGUUCGGCUGGCGCUUACAAUCCGGCCGUGAGCCGGCUUGGGGCAGGUUCCCGGCGGAGUCCACGGGAGCAGCGCCGGCCGCCCAGACCCGGGCAGCAGCACGCAAGUACCUGCGCUCCUUCCCUAGCGCUAACCCAACGAUCUUGCCGUGCGCCGCCGAACGGCAGUGUCACCCCGCACCGAAUCAGCACCAGCCCGUGCAGGAUCCAGUAUCAGCUACCUGUCUUGUAUCUGCAAAUAGAAACGUAGACUUACAUCUAUGGUGUUUGCAUACUUCCUGAUUAUUCUUGUCCUGUUUCCCUUUUCUUUUCAGUCUUUCUCGAGAACUGGCGUAGAGUUGUAGCCUAACACAUUAGGCUAUCUUGUCUGAAUGUUUACAAAUAUAUGCAGUAGGUGUAUUUUGAACUGAAUGUUCUUUUUAUGCUACUAAUUGUCAUCAGAAUAACUUGGUAUGGACUUUUAUCCUUCUUGAGAAAGAUGAUGCCACCAAUACGUAAAUGAGUAGUAUUACCUUGGUGCAUUCGGCCAAGCUCUUCAAUUACAUAGGUGUUGAAAUGAAAACCAGAGAACUCUGUUCAAUGUCUGGUGUUGAUGGCUAUUUUUGAAGAUGGCGAGGGCUACACAGAGAAGCAGUGGCGAGAGGGAUAGGCAAGGGGACUUGUUGGCUGCUUUGAGAGAGAGAUGCAAGGAACCUGAAGCGGGAACCGGCACAAUGUCACCAUGUUCGUUCAUCUUCACGAGGUGCACCUGACUGUACCACCUUUUUCAGUGUAAGAUGACAUUUUCUCUCCACCCUUGCAAAAAAGAAGUGGCUGACUUUUGUUUGUUUUCGUACCCCCAAGCACUACAUUAUACAUUGUCAACCCCAGUGGUCGAUGAAAGAAGCAUUUCUGAGUUUCUCCAGUGGGCUAAGACAAAUCUAAGACAAGAAUUUUGGGACGGAGGGAGUAUAUUCUUUGCAGGUCUGUAAUCUGUUGCUGGUCGGUUACUUGAUGGCUAUUUCUCAAUAGGAUGAGCACAAAUAGUAUGAUACAAUAUCACAAAAGUCAGACACGGCGAUCAUUAGCUGGACCUGACACUAGUAUGAUUUAAUCCAUGGAGAAGUUAAAUGGAUAUGAUAGUGAAAAUACAUGUAUAUAAUUAUCUGCUGCCCAGCUGUGCGUAUCAAACUUGAUCUCAAUCUAAUUUUAGCAUGGAUUUAUUCAUAACUGAUUAACAAUCAGUUCAUCCAACGUGCAAGAAUCAUUCCCUGAUGGAAAGCUAUAUAUACUGAGCACAUAGUAGUAGCACACCACCCAGCAACCUUACUACCAAGAACUAAUCAUCGGUUUCUUGUUGCAUCCUGGUCCUCUUACACUGAAGAAAAAUGGUGAAUUUCUCCAAGAAACUAACGACAGACCAGGUCCCAGGAUGGGAGGAGUACUACUUCAACUACAAGCUGCUCAAGGCAAGGGUGAAGGUGUACACAGAGCAGACAAAGGAAGGCAAUCACGACCGAAGACGCGUUCUCAAAGAUUUCUCAAAGCUGCUUGACGAUGAGAUUGAGAAGAUAGUGCUGUUCAUGAUCGAACAGCAAGGGCUGAUAGCGGCGCGGCUCGAGGAGCUAGGGAAGCGAAGGGCGGUGCUUGAGGACAUCCCACUGCUCCAGGAGAUAACUGAACUGAGAGAGGACUACAGGGCAGUUGGCCAUGAUCUUGUCAGGCUUCUGAAGUUCGUCGAUCUCAACGCCAACGCGGUCCGGAAGAUCCUGAAGAAGUUCGAUGAGCGUCUCGGGUACAAGUUCACGGAUUAUUAUGUCAGGAGCAGGUCGAACCACCCCUACUCUCAGCUCCAGCAGGUUUUCAAGCAUGUGGGUAUUGGAGCUGUUGUGGGGGCAUUAUCGCGCAACCUCGGCGACCUCGAGGAGCGCGAAGGAAGUUACCUGAAUAUCUAUGACCAGAACCCACUGGCCAUUCCAAAGGAUCCCGUGAUCGACAUGAUCAAGGCGACGGCGGACAAGCUGACCAACUCGACCAACUUCCUGCGGUUCCUGGGGCAGCACGCGCUGAUCAGGCAGGGGAGCAUCCCCGACUCGCCGGAGGAGCAGCAGGUGUCGGAGGACAAGUACCACUUCAUCUCCCUGGUGCUCAACCUGGCCAACACCUUCCUCUACAUGGUGAACACGUACAUCGUCGUCCCCACGGCCGACGACUACGCCACCAGCCUCGGCGCCGCCGCCACGGUCUGCGGCGUCAUCAUCGGCUCCAUGGCCGUGGCGCAGCUCUUCUCCUCCGUCUACUUCAGCGCCUGGUCCAACCGCUCCUACUUCCGCCCGCUGCUCUUCAGCAGCGUCGUGCUCCUCCUGGGCAACGUCAUGUACGCCCUCGCCUACGACUUCGACUCCCUCGCCAUCCUCCUCGCCGGCCGCGUGCUGUGCGGGAUGGGGUCGGCGAGGGCCGUCAACCGGAGGUACAUCAGCGACUGCGUUCCGCAGAGGAUCCGGAUGCAGGCGUCCGCGGCGUUCGUCAGCGCCAGCGCCCUCGGCAUGGCCUGCGGCCCGGCGAUCGCCGGCCUGCUCCAGGUCAACUACAAGGUGUAUUCGGUCACCAUCAACCAGGACACGUUGCCUGGCUGGGUCAUGGCGUUUGGCUGGCUCGCGUACCUGGUUUGGCUGUGGAUCUCGUUCAAAGAGCCGGCUCUCGGCGACGCCGACGAUGAAGGUCACCGUCAGGGUUCCUCCGGCGGCUCCUCAAGAUUAGGAUACCGGAAGCAAGGGCUUGCGGGUGAAUACCUGCUGAAGCAGGACGCUGAGGGCGAGAGCGACCAGGAGGAGACGCCGGCUCCGGCGGCAGCGCCGUCGAUCGCCGAGGCGUACAGGCUGCUGACGCCGUCGGUGAAGGUGCAGCUGCUGAUCUACUUCAUGCUCAAGUUCUCCAUGGAGAUCCUGCUGUCGGAGUCGAGCGUGGUGACGAGCUACUACUUCGGGUGGAACACGAGCUCGGUUGCGGUGUUCCUGGCGGCGCUGGGGCUGACGGUGCUCCCCAUCAAUGCCGUGGUGGGCACCUACAUCAGCAACAUGUUCGAGGACCGGCAGAUCCUGGUGGCGUCGGAGGCGGUGCUGCUGGCGGGUGUGGCGCUGAGCUUCCACGUGCCGGGGACGGCGUACACGGCGGCGCAGUACGUGUGCUCGGCGCUGCUGACGUUCGUGGCGGCGGAGGUGCUGGAGGGGGUGAACCUGUCGCUGCUGUCGCAGGUGAUGCCGGCGCGGCUGUCCCGCGGCACGUGGAACGGCGGGCUGCUGUCGACCGAGGCCGGCACGCUGGCGCGGGUGGCCGCCGACGGGACCAUCACGCUGGCCGGGUACCUCGGGCAGGGGGCGCUGCUGAACGCCACGCUGCUGCCGUCGCUGCUCAUCUGCGCCGCGUCCAUCGCCGCCACGCUCUCCACCUACAACUCGCUCUUCUACUAGCCAGCUAGAGUGCCAGGCAGCCAGCGAGCGAGCACCUUCGUCACGGUGUGUGUUUUGUGUUUGUGUUGUUUCAUGUUUGUGACUCGCUAUGUGUACGCGUGUGAUGCUCUGAACGUCCGAUGGCUCGGGGCACACGGGAACCGACGGUGCGUCA